UCGGUUCAAAACGUAUUCUUGAAUCGGCGGUCUGCAAAGUUUUGGAUUCUCACGCAAUGUAGUCUCAAUGAAGUGAAUGAAAGGGGCGGCUGUCACGAGCACAGACGGAGAAAAGAAUCUUGUGUUGCUAUUGAAACUCUGAAAAGACAGCUUCAUGGUCCCCAGCGACGCCUUGCUUUGGUGGACGGGCAUCUUGCUCUUGGCCCCGGCCGCUGACGCGUGCGUCAUCCAGCACAGCCACAGCGGGACGACCUCGAUCAGCGACGGGAUUCCGGGCUCGCUCUAUCUGCUUCCGGGCCAGAACUUUUCCCUGCUGUCUCUGACUUUCGUGAUGGAGAGCAUGGCCGACCAGACGCGGAUUAACAGGACGAUUUUCCUCCAAGCGAAGUCCGUGCGGCUGCCGAACGUGUGGCACAGGAUUGAUAUCUUUCCUCCCAAGAAUGAGUCGGAUUUCCCGCGCAUGACGAUUCCGCCCUCGAACGAGACGUGGGCGCUCAUCUGCUGCCGCGGCCACGAGAUUAGGGAGCUGCGCGCCGACACUCGCGGCUUCGCGCUCUGGAGCUACAAGUGUCCCGACAAUUCCCUCGGCCAGUUGCUGUUCCCCGACGGUUACUCGCUCCAAACAAGAUAUGUUACCUUCAUAGUCGCUGCUGUCCUCGUGCUGGUGGCGCUGGCUGUGACAAUGGCGGUGCUCGCCAUGCUGAGGCAAAGGCGACCCUGUUUGCCACCACCUUCGGACACGCCCCCAGACUGUAGCAGCGCCGACGGAAACCCAGACGACGAAGAGCAGACCCCGACAGACGCCUCUCGACCAAGGACCUCGAGCGCCGUGUCCCGAGGCCCGGCCACCGAGCGCGUGUCCCGAGGUCCGGCCACCGAGUCGCAUUACCUGUUGCUGACCUCCCCCCCUCCGAUCGACGAGGACGAGGCAGGUUACGUCAUUCUCAAGUCGAACCAGCAGCAGAAGAAGGCGAAGACGACGAAAAAGACGACGACGACGGGUCACUACGCUAAUAUCCAGGGCGUGGCAAAAGCUGAGAAUGUGUACGAGGAGUUAAGGCUUUGAGGAUUAGACUUUAGGAAGUGAAGGAAGGAGAUAUUUAGGAGUUGUGUUAGCUGGGUCCUCCUCACCUCUUUACACACACACUCGCAUAUAUAUAUACAUAUAUAUAUAUAUAUA